CCUAUAUAUAGAGCAAGCUAGGGUUUGAAGGCAACACAGCCGCCUGGUUUCCUCUUCCAAGAACUCGGCGAAAGCGAUUAUCGAGCAGCGGAGAUUCUUAGAACAUGGAUUCUCAAGUGAAGCUAGCCAUUGUAGUAAAGGUGAUGGGUCGAACUGGUUCCAGAGGUCAAGUAACCCAGGUCAGGGUCAAGUUUGUGGACGAUCCAAAUCGUUUGAUCAUGAGGAAUGUGAAGGGACCCGUCAGGGAGGGAGACAUUCUUACCCUACUUGAAUCUGAAAGGGAGGCCAGGAGGCUUCGCUGACCCUUCUUCAGCCACACCCAAGGUCAUCAGUGUGGUUAGGAUUUUUAAAUAUGCAUUUUGUUUCUAGAAUUUGAAUAUUUUGAUAUGUGUUUAUUACAUAUCAUAUUAAUUUUGUGUGAGAUCAGAUGCUUUGAUAAAGACAAGUCAUAUUUUACUAAGUUUGCGUUUUGUCUCUUGAAAUGCAUUUGUGCUUGGUA